AUGUUGAAAUCUGCAAUGGGUAUGGUAGAGAACCGGGAGGCGAAGAAAACUUCACAAGGGAGUUCAAGGAAAGGGUGCAUGAGAGGGAAGGGAGGCCCGGAGAACGCUUCAUGCACUUACAAAGGUGUACGGCAGCGCACGUGGGGGAAAUGGGUGGCCGAAAUCCGGGAGCUGAAUCGUGGGGCCCGCCUCUGGCUCGGCACAUUCGACACAUCUUGGGAAGCCGCUAGGGCUUAUGAUGCAGCAGCACGUAAACUCCAUGGGUCCCAUGCAAAGCUCAACUUUCCGGAGCUAUUCGCGACUCCUCAGUAUGCAGCCCCUCCAAUCAACCAUGUGAAGAACCCUAGCAGUAGUUCAGGUUCUGCUGAUAGCCCGUUAUUAGGACCAUCGGGAGAAUCACAGACCAACAAGGGUGUUGAGAAUGGCAUGGCAAUUGAUGGGGUUCGGGGGAAUCUGAUUGUCGACUUGCCGGAGUUCGAUGACUCGGCUAUGUGGGCGGAGGCGACCGCGUCUAUGGAUUUUCAAGCCAUGAUGGACCCGGGGAUCUUUUCCGGUGACUUCGAGGAUGGGAACGGCUGGGAAGCUAUGCAAUACCCUUUCUGAAGUUUCCGACAUACUUAGUACCAUCUGUAUGUUGCAAGUAAUACAUAAGCAUACAUAAUACGUCAAGUACAUGCAUAAUGUAAACAUGUAGAAUUUCAAAGGGUCACUUCCUGAACAUUGUGUCGCCGCCUAUGUAUCAAUCUACCCGGAAAAUUCAUAUGAAAUGCAACGUAUAUAGAAGUAGACUAGUUCUGUUAUCAAUAGAUACCACUUGAAAUGUAUGCAAAGGAUUAGUAGGUUGGAAUGGUGCCUC